AUGUGCUGUGCAACACCUCAUGAGGGUGUGCCCAGGAAGAAGGAGAACGGGUCCAACUGGUAACACACUUAUGAUCCACUUCUGAAUAUGGACUAGCCCAAUGCUGCCGCUCCUGUUCUGCCUGCGCACGCCAACCUUGUCAUGGUAAUGGGAAUCAGCCAGGUUAUAUACUGAAGGCCAAGCAUUUAAUUACAAUCACACACACCUGGCACUGACAGACGUACAAGGCUGCAUUCAACUCAACAGUUAAACACUGUUACAAUAAUACUUUUCACACUACAACCAUAUUUGCAUAAAUCCCAAUGCAUUUCAAUGGCCAUAGACUUGAAUGGGAAACGGUCUUCCGCCGUUUAAGCUAGAAAUGCCCUUCAAACUUAAAGCGGCAACCAGCAGUUGUAACAAUAACAAAGAGUCCUCCCUGCCCCUGUUUCGGUAAAAAACGGAGAGAUGCAUAGACACAGCUAUGGAUGCAAGGACUGACCAUCCAUUAUAUCAAAAUUAUAGGUUUAACCAUGGUUUGAUGCUAUAUAGUGUUUGUUUACAUUUACUUUGUUUACAAACGUUGGAGUACAACAAGCUAAUAUUUUGGGUUCUGAUGGUGUACGACAGUUGAACGCUCAUGAGACAUUUAUAAUUUAUAUUCUUCAAGAAUCAAUGGGUACAUAUCAUUAAUUUAUGAGUAAAAAAAUGUAUGUAGCAACUGCAGAUUACCCUUUUAAAACGUACAGACCGUUCUGCAAUAGGUUGCUUGAAUGCAGGUUUUGGAUACCAUUUAUACUUUUUGAACUAUAACCAUUUUACAUUUGCAUGAAAGCUCUAUAGACAUGUCAAUUUAGAUUGCUUCAACACAGCUUUUUACUACCAUAGUCCCAGUCGGUAUUAGAUAGAACACCUGCCUGUGGGGAAAACAACAUGUGGUUACAUAGGUUACCCCAUUGGCUCACAGCAAAAAACGUAAUCUUUUUCAAAAGCAAUUUUCUUGUUGUCUGCUUGUUUUAGUUAAUUACAAAACAACAUUUAAGAAAAGUACAACAACAUGUGUAAAGAUGACUUUUCAACAUUGCCUGCUCCAGAGGGUUCUCAACUACUUAGAAAAACAUAAUAUUGUAGGGUUUCCCUCAUGCCCCUUUUCAUGACUGUGCUAGCAGCCACGUGAGUGAGCGCUAGCUAGCUACCGACUAGAACAUUAAGCUAGCCAAGACCAACAACACAAACAAAUGGACUAUACAGCUACAAGUAGCGAGUGGAGUUACAAAUGGACUAUACUAAACAUGUUAAAUGUCUUACCUGUGAUGUUUUUCCACACACACAGCUACGUGUGAUGGACAUCACCUUCCAUAGGUCUAUUUAUUUGGCAAGACAGCUGUGCAUGGCUGCAUCUCACUGUAGUAGGCUAUGUUUUGGUUAUUUGGAUCUCCAUUCGCUUUUUGUUUACUGCUAUUGUUUACCGUUUAUGUAACUAGCCUAAAUAUAGAUUGUGUCAUGACUUUAUCGACCUGAUAUUUUGUUUACUAGCCCUACUACUUGGUACCGCUGUUUUGUUCUGUUCGCAUUCAUUCGUUCGCAUUCACAGUGUCGGUAUUCUAAGCCAAACUGCUAUUCAAUAUUUUUGUUUUCAUGCAUGAAUAACUAGGCUACUACUUUCAGCAUUUAGUUUGCAUUAUUUUGAUAAGACAGCUGUGUGUACGGCUGCAUGCACAUAGCGUAAUUCAACUAUUACUAACAGCCUAUCUAUCUUGUAGCCUAUAUUCAUUACCAAAACGGCCUUGCUUUAGUGUGUAGGGCACUGUCCAUUGUGCUGAUACAGCGCAGCGUAGAUUGGCGCGAAAUCUGUAGCCUACCUGUCACUUCAAAAGCACUCAAUGAUCUUGGAGUCUCAGCAUUUGAACUUUAUGUUUAUUGUGGUAUAGCAUGAUAUAAGCAUUAUUGAAUUUAAUUCCAAUGCAAGAACCCAAAACAUUGUGCCCCCUCGCCGGUUUCAACUUCCCCUUAGUCACUUUAUCCUGGCACUGAGUCUACUCCUGCGAGUCCUACCCAUCGCCGGCAGGUAAAAUCAAAUCAAACGCUGUGUGUGGUGAACCUUGGAAGGAACCACUUACUAGGGAGAAUAGGGGGGGUACUCUUUGCCUGGUCCACUGAGGGUGCCCCCUCCGCAAAAUACCGCUGACAUAUUUUUUAAAAUAAAUAAUUAUGCUCAAAUAAGUUUAGUAAUGAAUUUAACAUCUGAAAUCACAUCUGAGGGGGCACUUGCCCUUGUGCCCCCUAUGGGCAUGACGCCUCUGACUAUAACUAACACAUAUCCUAUGAAAACCCUAUUACUACCACUGCCAUUACUACUGCCGUCUGUACCAUUACCACUACUACUAUUAUUUCACAACCAUAAAUACUUCAAGACUAGCAAGCACACCACAUUUACUUCAGUAAAUGUAUUUUUCUAGUUUUAUUUUGUUAUUUUAUUAGGAUCCCCGUUAGCUUUUGCUAUUGCAACAGCUACUCUUCCUGGGGAUCCACAGAAAGCAUAAAACAUGACAUAAUACAGAAUAUUAAUAGACAAAAACAGAUCAAGGACAGAGGUAUGUACAUUUAAAAUAAGAAUAUGGAAGGUCCUGUACUAACAUAAUGCUAAAAAAAACAGAGACCUAUACUAUAGGCUUAGAUUCAGUAGCAUCUUUCAAUUACACGCUUGCAUACAUACAGUACAUACAGGUAACUGCCAAAAUAAAGGAAACGCCAACAUAAAGUAUCUUAAUUGGGUGUUGGGCCACCACGAGCCAAAAUAACUUCAAUGCGCCUUGGCAAAGAUUCUACAACUGCCUCGAACUCUAUUGGAGGGAUGCGACAACAUGACGAGGUGAAAACUCUGUUGAUGUGCCAUUGAGCAAGGCACUUAACCCUAAUUUGCUCCAGGGGCGCCAUACUACUAUGUCUGACACUGUAAAAAAACAAAUUUUACUGCCCAUAUCUAGUGUAUGUGACAAUAAAACAUAUUUGUUUUGUAUAUUUCCUAAAGAAAUUCCAUCAUUUGGUGUUUUGCUGAUGGUGUUGGAAAACACUGUCUCAGGCACCACUCCAGAAUCUCCAAUAAGAGUUAAAUUUGAUUAAAUUGGGUAUUGAUCAUGAUCCGGCCUCAAUUAGAAAAGGGGACCGUCUUAAACAGCUAAACCAAAGGGAACGUUUUUGGAUUUACAAACUACAGGCCACUAAACACCCUGGUUUAAAUGAAGAUAUGGAUUUCUCACUUUUCCUGUAGGGUCGUGAGAGGUCCCUUUGCUGUCAUCUAGUGGACAUAUUGCUCUAUUGCCCUCAGCUAUGUUUAGACUGCUUUGGUCCAUGUUUGCUGUGAUCUAGUGUACUAUAAAAUAGAUGCCUCUCCUAUUCUUACCACUUUGCCCAGUCAUAUUCAAGGUUAGAACUACUUUUCUAGGGGUUCUGAUGCUUCUAGCCUUGAUUUGCAUUUUGAUAACAUAUCUACAGUAUUUUACUUUUUAAUGUGUAAAGUAUUGCUUACUAGGUGUUGUCCAAUGAAUUCUGUAAGCACUCCCUCUUCAAAUCAGGGUUGAUUGGAAAACGCUGUUCAAAAGAGGACAUUGUAUUAUCAUAUCUUUGUACUCCCUGACGACAGCCAUGCAGCCGAAACGCGUCAGAGUUUUUAAUCUUUGUUUCCAUUGAACAUGCCAUACAAAUAAAGGCAUUUUAAUUAAUUAUAUGAAGAGUGCCUUGGUCCUCUUUUCCUUUUGAAGAGUUCAAUUAGAUUGGUGACUGAGAUGGUCAUGGCAUAUGGUUUACAUCAUUUUCAUGCUCAUCAAACCAUUCAGUGACCCCUCAAGCCCUGUGGUUGUGGGCAUUGCCAUCCUAUGGGGGCAUAGUUUUGGUAGCCAAAAUAAUGGCCAGCCCAGCAUUUUUAUAGCAUGAUGGGAUGUUAAUUGAUUAAUUAACUUAGGAAGCACACCUGUGUGGAAGCACCUGCUUUCACUAUAUUUUCCCUCAUUUACUCAAGCGUUUCCAUUAUUUUGGCAGUUACCUGUACAUCAGUUUACAUAUACAUACAGUGGGGGGGAAAAGUAUUUAGUCAGCCACCAAUUGUGCAAGUUCUCCCACUUAAAAAGAUGAGAGAGGCCUGUCAUUUUCAUCAUAUGUACACGUCAACUAUGACAGACAAAUUGAGAUUUUUUUUUCAAGAAAAUCACAUUGUAGGAUUUGUAAUGAAUUUAUUUGCAAAUUAUGGUGGAAAAUAAGUAUUUGGUCACCUACAAACAAGCAAGAUUUCUGGCUCUCACAGACGUGUAACUUCUUCUUUAAGAGGAUCCUCUGUCCUCCACUCGUUACCUGUAUUAAUGGCACCUGUUUGAACUUGUUAUCAGUAUAAAAGACACCUGUCCACAACCUCAAACAGUCACACUCCAAACUCCACUAUGGCCAAGACCAAAGAGCUGUCAAAGGACACCAGAAACAAAAUUGUAGACCUGCACCAGGCUGGGAAGACUGAAUCUGCAAUAGGUAAGCAGCUUGGUUUGAAGAAAUCAACUGUGGGAGCAAUUAUUCGGAAAUGGAAGACAUACAAGACCACUGAUAAUCUCCCUCGAUCUGGGGCUCCACGCAAGAUCUCACCCCGUGGGGUCAAAAUGAUCACAAGAACGGUGAGCAAAAAUCCCAGAACCACACGGGCGCAGUGGUCUAAGGCACUGCAUCGCAGUGCUAACUGUGCCACUAGAGAUCCUGGUUCGAAUCCAGGCUCUGUCGCAGCCGGCCGCGACUGGGAGACUCAUGGGCGGCGCACAAUUGGCCCAGCGUCGUCUAGGGUAGGGGAGGGAAUGGCCGGCAGGGAUGUAGCUCAGUUGAUAGAGCAUGGCGUUUGCAACGCCAGGGUUGUGGGUUCGAUUCCCACGGGGGGCCAGUAUAACAAAUAUAUGUAAUCACUAACUGUAAGUCGCUCUGGAUAAGAGCGUCUGCUAAAUGACUAAAAUGUAAAUGUAAAUGUAGUGAAUGACCUGCAGAGAGCUGAGACCAAAGUAACAAAGCCUACCAUCAGUAACACACUACACCGCCAGGGACUCAAAUCCUGCAGUGCCAGACGUGUCCCCCUGCUUAAGCCAGUACAUGUCCAGGCCCAUCUGAAGUUUUCUAGAGUGCAUUUGGAUGAACCAGAAGAGGAUUGGGAGAAUGUCAUAUGGUCAGAUGAAACCAAAAUAGAACUUUUUGGUAAAAACUCAACUUGUCGUGUUUGGAGGACAAAGAAUGCUGAGUUGCAUCCAAAGAACACCAUACCUACUGUGAAGCAUGGGGGUGGAAACAUCAUGCUUUGGGGCAGUUUUUCUGCAAAGGGACCAGGAUGACUGAUCCGUGUAAAGGAAAGAAUGAAUGGGGCCAUGUAUUGUGAGAUUUUGAGUGAAAACCUCCUUCCAUCAGCAAGGGCAUUGAAGAUGAAACGUGGCUGGGUCUUUCAGCAUGACAAUGAUCCCAAACACACCGCCCGGGCAACGAAGGAGUGGCUUCGUAAGAAGCAUUUCAAGGUCCUGGAGUGGCCUAGCCAGUCUCCAGAUCUCAACCCCAUAGAAAAUCUUUGGAGGGAGUUGAAAGUCUGUGUUGCCCAGCGACAGCCCCAAAACAUCACUGCUCUAGAGGAGAUCUGCAUGGAGGAAUGGGCCAAAAUACCAGCAACAGUGUGUGAAAACCUUGUGAAGACUUACAGAAAACGUUUGACCUGUAUCAUUGCCAACAAAGGGUAUAUUACAAAGUAUUGAGAAACUUUUGUUAUUGACCAAAUACUUAUUUUCCACCAUAAUUUGCAAAUAAAUUCAUUAAAAAUCCUACAAUGUGAUUUUCUGGAUAUUUGUUUUUCUCAUUUUGUCUGUCAUAGUUGACGUGUACCUAUGAUGAAAAUUACAGGCCUCUCUCAUCUUUUUAAGUGGGAGAACUUGCACAAUUGGUGGCUGACUAAAUACUUUUUUUCCCCACUGUACACCUGAUUUAGGUCAGAUAGGGGAGAGGCGGUGUGCCGUGAGGUGUUGUUUUAUUUGUUGUUGUUUUUGAGCACAUUUUGCUGUUUGUUUGAGUAAUUUGAGAUGGAAGGGAGUUCCAUGUAAACGUGGCUCUGUAUAAUACUGUGCGUUUCCUUAAAUUUGUUUUGGAUUUGGGGACUACGAAGAGACCGCUGGUGGCAUGUCUGGUAGGGGUAAGUAUGUCUGUCAGAGCUGUAUGUUAUUUAAUUAUACAGACAACUUGGAAUCUUUAACACAGUAAUAUUUCUCAUAAAAACAAGAAGUGAUGCAGUACAUUUUUACUCUACUUUGAGCCAAGAGAGACUGGCAUGCAUCUUGUUGAUAUUGACCUUCUGUUUACAGUGAAGCGCAAGACAUGCUGUUCUGUUGUGAGCUGCAGCUUUCCUAGCUCCUUCUUUGUAGCUCCUGACCAUAUAACUGGGCAAUAGAUGUGAUAGAACCAGAGCCUGCUGGACUUGUUUGGUCGAAAGUGGUGUUAAAAAUGCACCAUCACAGACAGACCCAUCCCCAUCUUUACAAUAGAAUCAAAAUGCCUUGACCAUGAUCAUUUACAGUGUACGGUAACACCAAUAACUUUAUUUUCCUCUACUUGAUCAACAGCCACAUCAUUAAUUACCAGAUUCAGCUGAGGUCUAGUACAAAUCAUUCCCUGAGUGUGAAUUAUGCCGUCACAUUCGGGGUGUCUCAAUUCUUUUCACGGGACCUCCUAUGGUGCACACUUUUUUUAAUGGACCUAAUAGUAAAGACGCCAUUUAAGGAUAAUAAUUGUUUUCUGAGUUUUUUUUAAAAAAAAAUUUGGGGGGGUGCAUGAACACAACCAGUCAUGAUGUUUUCAUCUUAUUGUCAAACAAAUCACUUCAAAAAGUAGACUACAUGCGCAUGUUCGUCCACUCCAAACUAAUUGCAGCAUUUUUUGUAGAAAGAAAAGUUGGGACACCUGAAAAGGGGCUGAGAUAUGGGACUUUCCCAGGAUGACAAGUGCAUCCCAAUAACUGUGCAGCCACAUGGAAUACAUUUUUUAAAACCAUGGCACAGAGGUGGGGGUGUAUGUUAAAUUUGGAAUAAGCUUUUAUUUUAAUAUUUACCACUGUAGCAGUACAAAUUGAAUUUUAAACAAAUAGAAGAAUGGUUGCAUUAUUUAGAACCCCCCCCCCCCCCCCCCCCCCCCCAAAGUUUGACUUUGUUGCAUUUAGUGCGACUCAUGUCUCAUUCAGGGGGUCUGAGACCCACCUGGGCCCUCCGUAAUUCGCACUCUGCUUUUAGUUUUCAAUAUGUUCAGGAUUAGUUUAUUACUAGGCACCCAUUCUAAAACUGACUGCAACUCUUUGUUUAGGGUUGCAGUGAUUUUGCAAGUGUGGGUGCUGACAUGUAUAAAUCAAAUUUCAAAUGUUAUUGGUCACAUACACAUAUUUUGCAGAUGUUAUAGUAUAGUGUUGAAUCAUCUGUGCGCAUAGGCUUUGUUUAAGGCUAAUGGUAGAUCAUUAGUGAAAACAGUAAAGGUCCAAGAAGGCUCCCUUGUGGAAUACCACACUUUUUACAUUAGAGAAGUUCCAAUUAAAGUAAAACCCCUCUGUUCUAUUAGAUACAUACUGUAGCUUUCUAUCCAUGAUAUGGCAGAUGUAAAGUUUUUUCAAUAACAAAUUAUGAUCAAUGAUAUCAAAAGCAGCACUGAAGUCUAACAAUACAACUCCCACAAUCUUCUUCAUUCAGACAAUCAACAGUAAUUUGUGUCAGUGCAGUACAUGUUGAGUGCCCUUCCCUAUAAGGAUGCUGAAAGUCAGUUCCAUAAAUUUACUGAGAACUGGCAGCAAGCUGAUUGGUCGGAUGUUAGAGCAAGUAAAGGGAGCUUUACCAUUGCUGGGUAGUGGAAUCACUUCAGCAUCUCUUCAGAAUUGUGGACAAAUACUUUUCACAAGACUCACAUUAAAGAUAUGGCAAAUAGGAGUUGCAAUAUAUUUAAUAUGUGCCAAUUAGUAAUGUAAUCAGGUGUAAUCCAAUGUUUUUGGUUUGUGUGUGACCUUGUUUUUAUGUGUGUUUAGGUACAAGCUCUCUACCCGGCCAGUGUACAGAGAAAAGCAGAAUAUCUUCACCGCCCUGUUGUGGAGGUGCUGCACAGGACACGGAGGGGAGAACUGCGAGGAAACGGGUACUGAUACAGAGCUACACACAACUGAUACACACAUGGUAUAAGAAGUAAACUUAUGGUGCAAUAUGCCUCCACAGGCCUACUCUAGAUUUUCUCCUAUAUUAGUAAAGUUAUCUCAAGCAGAUUUCCUGUGUGUGAAAUGGCCCUUAACUCUGCGAGACGGACCGGCUUGGAAAUGCAUGUGUUUACGAAAACUAUGGAACCAAUAAAAGUAACACCCUCUCUCUGCACUCCUGCUCUCUUCCUCUUUUCCUAUCUCCCCCUUCCCCAGUAGCUGAUGGCCAUAUAUCUGACCCUACAGACCCCACCAUGGCAGGACGACCAGGACGACCACAUUCAGGAGACACUGAGCCUCACCACACAGGUAGAGGUCUGCACAUCUGACCCAUCUGUUUACCUAUUGGGGGGGGGGGGGGUGACUGGGUAAGCUGUCCUCAAUCAAAUGCCAAGUGCCGCCCUCUCUGACUCAAAAGGAAUAAACGGAGGAAACGCCAGUGGCCCAGGAGAGCGACUGUGGGAAGUUCGUCACUUCCCGGGGGAGGGAGGAAAGGGUUUGUGAACUGUUCUCAGGACAUCAAGCAAGGCCUUAAAAGGGUGUGUGACCCCAUUCCAUCCCAGCCUGCCCUACCCCCUCUAACUAUGGCCCUCGCGUGUAGCUAGGAACCCAAACACACUGAGUCACCCGUGCACAAACACUGCCUGAGACACUAGGGACCUAAAAAGAACCCUCUGCCCUUUUGGGCCAGUUUUAGGUAAAAAACUAAGAGUCCAAAACAAAGACAUAAAGUCCCCCGUUAUCGGCUAGUCCGCUCUCAGUCCCUCCACGUCCCUUAUUGAGAGGGCUUCCUAAACUGCAGAGGGCUCAUAUAAUUAAUUAUUCACCACCACUGGAGUCCAAUAGCUAUUGUAUUACACACACUAAUCAAGCACACACACAGGGUUGGCUGAAGUGGGGUCAGAAGUGGUGGACAGAGAGCUAACCUAAGGCUAUGUUUCUCAGGGUCAGGGGAGAGUUGUCUGCCCACUGACAUAGCUACUGCUCUGUGGUCCUGUCCCAGUCCAUGAGGAAUCAUAUAACUACAAUCCAAGUGCUGUGAUCACAGUUCACAUCAAUAGAUACAACAAUGUGCCACUGGAGAAACAAGGACAAAGUGAGGUUAAACAUCUUUACCUUGAUAAAAGCCAUGGUUGAAAUCCUCCUUCUCCUAAAAUUCUAUCCAUCUGUCUGUUAUCUGUCUAGGCGCUCAGUCUAGACUCACCCACCAGCUUGAGCGGGAACAGAAUGACUUCCAGGUGUCUGAGAAUCCUCUGUACGAGAGCCAUCCCUCAGAGGCUGACAACAACAACUACACACACACAGAUCCCCGAGAGCCCCCCUCAUACCCUCAACAGGCCCAGGAGCACAUCCCUCACCAUGGCUACGACCACCCCCACCACCCGCACCCCUACCCCAACCACCGCCCGCAGGACUUCAAUCAUGGAGGUAAGUUGGGACCCUAGAAUCACCAGUACUGUACUAACAUCAUGUUAAUCACACUGGGCAAAAGUUAGGGGAACGUUAGGAAGCCUGGUUAAAUGUUAUGUUAGGACCACCAUGACCAGGAUUGUGACUGUGCUUUAGGAGGUAGAAUGUUUUCACCACUGCCAAAAUCGGGGCCAUGAAAAGGAGGCACUGUUGUCAUCGGCAACACCCCUAACAUCAUCUAUCAACCUCUUUGAGACACUCUCAUGCAAACACAUGCUCACUCAAUAUCUCAUACGCAAUAACAAACCUGCAAGGAAUGGGCCAUUCAAUGUCAAUACAAAACAACUCUUUAUACAGAACCAAAAGUGAAAAUCAACAGCAAAAUCCUGUCUCUAAGCUCCUGUUUAGCAUGUUUACACUCCCAGCUCUUAUUUAUGCACACUGUCUGUCUCAUCCACUUCCCCUGAGAGAAUUGACAGGCUUUAGACUAGUGCAAUAAAUAAUCCACAGUUGACCGGAGGAAGGCUUGACCAAGGAAAAUACAUGUAAGGGGGACUCCAUUCCUCUGCAGUGACAAUGCCUGCAUAGUGUCCCCCCACCCCCGUCAUUAGCUUCCUUGUCAGGAAAUCCUCUCUUUCUUCUGGAAAAAAUGUCCCCCCAUACAUUGUAUACGGAUGAUGUAAUCCACGAUAGGAUGGUGACAUAAGGGGUCUAAUAUACUGUAGUGUGAGGUCUCAUAUUAUAGCCACACACGGUAACAUAGCCGCUGGAAGUAGGGGUGCUGGAGGUGCUGCAGCAGCCCCUGGUGGUGAAAUCUUUAAAAUGUAAGAAUCAUAAAAAAUUAUAACGAUUUUUCAUUGCGUUAUUGAUAUAAAUGAUCAUCGGUAGGUGUAUGAGAGAGACAAAAACAUGGGAUAUUUAUAGCCUAUUUGGGCCCCAUUCUGCAAGGAGAGCUCUCAGCUCUGUUUUGUAAGUAUUGCGCUCAUGAUAUGCUAUUAUCUAUUCAGUUGUAUGGGUUUGGAGUUGGACACGCGAUCUGCUGUACGAUAGACAGUUUAGUUUGAGUUGAGUCAGGUUUCUUUCUCUCCCUCUCUGUCCUUUCCCCUCUUCCAUAAGCAUCACGUGAGUUUCACGUUUGGGGAAGCAAAUUUUCACCAUAAAAAUGCCUGCAACCAUCUAAUCUAGGCAUAUGAAAAGAGGAGACACAAAUUAUACAAUAUGAUGUCCAUCUAACCUGGAGGAGGAAAUUAUUGUCCAAGUGCCACUGAGAGUUCUGCAGCAUCCCCUGAUAAAUCGAAAUCCCCCCCAAAAUAAUAAUGUAUAUACAGCGGGGGAAAAAAGUAUUUAGUCAGCCACCAAUUGUGCAAGUUCUCCCACUUAAAAAGAUGAGAGAGGCCUGUAAUUUUCAUCAUAGGUACACGUCAACUAUGACAGACAAAUUGAGGAAAAAAAUCCAGAAAAUCACAUUGUAGGAUUUUUUAUGAAUUUAUUUGCAAAUUAUGGUGGAAAAUAAGUAUUUGGUCACCUACAAACAAGCAAGAUUUCUGGCUCUCACAGACGUGUAACUUCUUCUUUAAGAGGCUCCUCUGUCCUCCACUCGUUACCUGUAUUAAUGGCACCUGUUUGAACUUGUUAUCAGUAUAAAAGACACCUGUCCACAACCUCAAACAGUCACACUCCAAACUCCACUAUGGCCAAGACCAAAGAGCUGUCAAAGGACACCAGAAACAAAAUUGUAGACCUGCACCAGGCUGGGAAGACUGAAUCUGCAAUAGGUAAGCAGCUUGGUUUGAAGAAAUCAACUGUGGGAGCAAUUAUUAGGAAAUGGAAGACAUACAAGACCACUGAUAAUCUCCCUCGAUCUGGGGCUCCACGCAAGAUCUCACCCCGUGGGGUCAAAAUGAUCACAAGAACGGUGAGCAAAAAUCCCAGAACCACACGGGGGGACCUAGUGAAUGACCUGCAGAGAGCUGGGACCAAAGUAACAAAGCCUACCAUCAGUAACACACUACGCCGCCAGGGACUCAAAUCCUGCAGUGCCAGACGUGUCCCCCUGCUUAAGCCAGUACAUGUCCAGGCCCGUCUGAAGUUUGCUAGAGUGCAUUUGGAUGAUCCAGAAGAGGAUUGGGAGAAUGUCAUAUGGUCAGAUAUGUAAAAACAACUCGUCGUGUUUGGAGGACAAAGAAUGCCGAGUUGCAUCCAAAGAACACCAUACCUACUGUGAAGCAUGGGGGUGGAAACAUCAUGCUUUGGGGCUGUUUUUCUGCAAAGGGACCAGGACGACUGAUCCGUGUAAAGGAAAGAAUGAAUGGGGCCAUGUAUCAUGAGAUUUUGAGUGAAAACCUCCUUCCAUCAGCAAGGGCAUUGAAGAUGAAAUGUGGCUGGGUCUUUCAGCAUGACAAUGAUCCCAAACACACCGCCCGGGCAACGAAGGAGUGGCUUCGUAAGAAGCAUUUCAAGGUCCUGGAGUGGCCUAGCCAGUCUCCAGACCUCAACCCCAUAGAAAAUCUUUGGAGGGAGUUGAAAGUCCGUGUUGCCCAGCGACAGCCCCAAAACAUCACUGCUCUAGAGGAGAUCUGCAUGGAGGAAUGGGCCAAGAUACCAGCAACAGUGUGUGAAAACCUUGUGAAGACUUACAGAAAAUGUUUGACCUGUGUCAUUGCCAACAAAGGGUAUAUAACAAAGUAUUGAGAAACUUUUGUUAUUGACCAAAUACUUAUUUCCCACCAUAAUUUGCAAAUAAAUUCAUAAAAAAUCCUAAAAUGUGAUUUUCUGGAUAUUUUUUUCUCAUUUUGUCUGUCAUAGUUGACGUGUACCUAUGAUGAAAAUUACAGGCCUCUCUCAUCUUUUUAAGUGGGAGAACUUGCACAAUUGGUGGCUGACUAAAUACUUUUUUCCCCCACUGUAUAUAUAUUAUUUAAAUAACUUAUUUUCUCACAAAAUGUGUGAACUAGGCCUUUAUUACUCCUGUAAGAGCAGAAAAAAACACUAAACUGUUUGCCACUAUGCAAUGCUUUUCAUAAAGGGGAAUUUUCUUUCUUCACACCUGGCAGCACCGCCAACUCAAAACAUCUUCCCCAGAAAAGUUGAGCCUCUAGUUUUUUGGGGUUGGUGGUAAUACUUCACUUUUCCCAUAGUGUUCCAUCAUCAUCAUAUAUGAAUUACAGUGCUAUGCACAGUGAGGAGAGUCAUAGUUCUUGCUGUUGUGGUACAUUCUCACUUCCUAUGAUCUUCUCCUUGUUUGGGAAAGACUCAACAGGCUAAGGCCAUGACGUAAAGUCUGGAUAAAGAAAUUACUGAUCUGACUUCUAUCAUGUCAGACUAAAGACAAUCGGCCUACAGUUUAUUUUUAGCAUAGCAGGGAAAUUGGUGAAGGGGCUAGCUAGAGUAUGCUAGCCUGCACAUCUAUUUGAAAACACCACCUAACUACAGCACUACUUACCUACUUCUUUUGAUCUGUGUGAUCUUUUUUUUACAGAACACAACCAACUCUUCGAACUUUGUACAACUCAUGGCAGGGGGUGACCUGAUACUUCCUCUCUCAGUAUGACCACACUGUAUGACCUCUGACCUCUUUGUGGCACAGCAUGUGGGAAGAGUUUUUUCUGCCUGAAUAAAUGGAGGGUGUUUCCAAUGUUAUUAGAAAAACAAGCCCUGAAUGAUGAAAGGCCCUCCGAUCACAUAGAUUACACUUUAGAGCACAAGCAGAAAUAGCUUGGAGGGGGGUCUGGACUCUGUCCAGAUAUUAGGGUGACAGCGUAAUAAUUUACUCAUUCCCAGGGGGCAUAGCUACAUGUGGGUGGGGGAAUUCAAUGUCACAUACGCACUCAUGCAGACGAGUAUGCACACACACAUGCAGGCACACACGCACAUGCUUGUUUUACUAUCCUUGUGGAGACCAAACCAUUUAUUCCUAUUCAAAAUCCUAUUUUCCCUAACCUUAACCCUAAUUGUAAACCUAACCCCUAAGCCUAAAAUAGCCUUUUUCUUUGUGAGAACUGGCAAAAUGUUCCCACUUGUCUGAAUUUUCCUUCACUAUUCUUGAGAGGACUUCUGGUCAAGGAUAGUAAAACUAUAAACACGCACACAUGCAUGCACACGCACACCCCCCCACACAAUUUCUAGGAGGAAUGUGAGAAUCCCUGGAGCCUGUAGCUUAUCAUUCUAAAAGGAACUGCGUCCAUUAGGGCCGUCUCUGGGGUGCACAAACACUGCCACGAAACAAACCCAUCCAACAGGGGAAAUUAAAUGUCAAAAUAUUGGUCUGGAAAUAGCUAUGCUCUGUUAUUCCUAUUUUUGGCAACGUGGCAUUUUACUUUGGCUUCUUCAGCAAAAAUAAAUACAAAUAAAUUGUAGAUUUCUUGAGACAAAAGGCACUCAUAACUGUUCCUGAGAACUAAUGGCACAACUGAUAUGAAUGAAUAGCUUUUAUAAGAGAAUACAUUCUAACAGGUUUUGAAAAGGAGCCUUGCUAUGCUCCUAUACACAUUGAUGUUGGUGUACAGUUGUGGCAUCAUCUUAGCUUUGUGCACUGUUAUGAUUUACAAAUAUAAAGUCGAUAUGUCUAAAACUGAAAAUGAGUCUUGUUCUGAAUCCUUAUACCGAUUGACGUGAGUAAAUAUUAUGCACUGACUUCCUGGUUUGUCUCUCAGACCCAAUCAGGGAUGAGGUGGAGGCUGUCGCUCUACUGCCCUACCCAGACUCCCUGUCUCCCCUCCCUCUGCCCCACAUGAUGGCCCUGCUGAUGUCCCAGCUUCAGCCCAUGUUGGAUGGCUUCAACCGCACCUUGGAGCGCCUGACCUUGGAGGUAGGGGGUCUGUCCCGGGAUGUGUCCCAGCUCCGGAGCUCUCAGUGGGAUGUAAAGGAGGAGGCCCUGCGGGGUGCAGGUGCCGGAGAGGGUCCCGAGGCCUUUGAGGCUAAGCUGGAGCAGAGUUUCCAGGACAUCAAGGAGGUGAGGAGGGAACUGGAGAGACAGAGAGCUGAGAUGGCGGAUAGGCUACACUCCCAGCAUGACAUGCUGUACUAUAAUAUCACCAACUUCAAGACAGACAUCGACGCCAAGAUCAAACACAACGACAAGAUGUUACAGGUCAGUGAAUCCCUCGUUACUGUAUCUCAUGACAUGGUGAUGAAACUAUUUAAUAAUUACUAACUUCGAGACUUAGUUCCUCACUUAUGUGUUAGUAUCAUACACUUUUAGACUUUUUAUGGGCAAUAAGUAAGAAUGUUCUUCAUGCCUUUCAUAUGUUUCCCGGGUAGGUUAAUCUCCAGUCCAUGAAUGCCACCCUGUCAGACAUGAAGCUCGAGCAGGAGCGUCUGAGUGAAGAGCUCCAGAGGGACCUGACCAGCCCAGGGGACAGGAGAGAACCCAGCCAGGUCCAACCCAGUCAGGCCCAGCACCCUCCAGAGGACUCAGCAGUGUGGGAGUCUAUCGCUCGUCUGGACAACAAGGUGGUCAACAACACAGUGAGGAUGAAUGCCCUGGUUGAAGACUUGGAGAUAGCCAAUGACAACGUCCUGGACCUGAAGAGGGGCUUGCGAGACCUCGAGGAGAACAUUGCCCAAACGUGGAGGAACAGCCAGAUCCAGUUCAUGGAGACGGGCCUGGAGGUGGAGGCGGCUAAAGUAGCCGUGCUGAACCGCGUCAAUGAGCUGGCCAGCAACCUAACCAUCCGCUCGGAGCAGCUGCAGGAAAUGGAGACUGACAUAGACUACCUGUACACACAGUUCUACAAGAACGUCAGCGCUGCCAAAGACUGUGACUGCAAGGCAUUCACCGCCACCAUCUCCCGCUUGGAGCAGGGUCUGACCAACGUCACAGAGCUGGCCAACGACAACCGGCUGGCCCUGGAAGGGAGUACCGAUGCUGGGUCGGAGCGCUGGAGUCCCUCUGUGGAGGACAUCUACCAGGGGUUGGAUCACGUCAAGGCCUCCCUGGCCUUUGAGCAAGAGAAGAGCAGGACUCUCCACCACAAUAUGACCCAGCUGCUGGCCUCCUUCCUGGACAGCCAGAGGGACGUGCUCAGCCUGCGGGAGAGCGACGAGCGGUUGGUGGCUGAGAUGCGUCACCUCUCCAGCUCCUUCUCUUCUCUGUUGAAGGACACCAUCCGCCACAAUGAUGUGCUGGAGAUGCUCCUGGGGGAGGAGGUGAUGGAGUUCAUGGACUGGCCCCUAAGCAACCAGGAGGCACACUCCAUCCCUGCACUGCAGGAGAGGCUCCGCCACAUACAGGAACAGAUCAGGGGCCAGAACCUCAGCCUCACCUCCCUGCUGGAGGCCGCCCAGGCAGGGGAGGUCCCAGCCUCAGAUGAGCCCUCUGCGAUGGUAGACUUGGCCUCCCGCGGCCUGAAGAGGAGGAGUGGAGACCAGAGGCGUGACCACCUCAUGGUCUCAGCAGCCUCUGACGACCGGCAAGACUACUCAGACAGUGACCUGUGGAGCCUUGAGAAAGCAGUGGAGGAGCUGGGGGAGAAGGUCCACAGGCUGGAGUACAGGCCUUGCUCUGCCAGCUGCAACAACACCAAAGAUAGCGCCAAACUGCAGGCAGAGGUGGCCUGGCUUAGGAGGGGUUUAGAGAAUCAUUUGCGUCUCUUCAAGAAUGUUUUCAGUAACCCAGAGGGGCUGGCCGACUCAGAGAGCACCCUGGACUUGGACCAGCUAUGGGCCCUGAUGAAGAGGAAGGAGGGGAAGAGACAGAGGAAGCGCAAUAACAACAAAGAGGGACUCAAAGACCAUAUUGGAGACAGAGCUAACUUUCGCAGCAGGAGGGAUACAUCAGGUAGGCAUCAAUCUAUGAAAGACAAAAACACACUAUCAUUUCUACCUCUCAAUCAUGCUGGGCUACAUUUCUUUCUAACCUCCACUAAGACCGGAAUUGCACUUUAAACUGUAUAAAAAUAAAGAUAAUCAGAGAUCUAUACAGUGAAACACCCUCAAGUCAGUGUUCGCAAUGGGUUAAAACAGGAGUUGCUUAGCAUGACUGAGAGAAUCAACACAAGACUGCCCCCUGGUGAACAAAAAUGUUUUAGUUCAGACUUAUAAGUGGUCUAAGCAGAAGUAUAGUGAGUGUCUAUGGGUUACACGCAUUUCGCUACACCCUCAAUAACAUCUGCUAAAUAUGUGUAUGCAACCAAUAUUUAUUUUUCUAUUUGAUACUGCCCAUGAACAGUUAGCAGAUAACAGCUGAUAAUUCCCUGUCUCUUCUCUUUCAGUGCUAUCCAAGCUGGGGGACAGUCCCCUGAUGUUUCUGGCCAGAAGCAUACAGCGCAGCAGACCAAGUGAAAGCAGCCUGCUGGUGUUUGAGGACACAUCCCUAAACCUCGGCCAGAUGUACUCAACUCACACUGGGAUGUUCCAAGCACCUUUGGCAGGAGUCUACCUCUUCGUGCUGACACUGAACUUUAAACCUGGCCCUUCGCUGUCUGGGCUGAGGAGAGAGAACAGUGAGCUGGCUGCCACUCUGCAUCAGGACAAGAUGGCAUUGUUUGGCCCCGUCACCCGUAUGUGUCUCCUACAGCUGCGGCAGGGAGAGGAACUCCACCUUGAACUGUAUGAGGGGACUCUGGUGACUGAUGACCCCAAAGACAACACCUUCGCUGGGCUUCUGCUUUAUCAGACCAACUGAGGAAGCUGGGGCUGCUCUGUAUAGUCAGAGGAGAGAUGUUGGACUGAGAGCAAUCAAUCACUAGACUGAAAGCCGCUAUGCCACCUGUGUUUCAAUCCCUUGCAUUGAUAUUGGGAGGGGGAGUGUAUGUAGAAGGUUCAGGGAGUAUAAACAUUUGUCAUACAGUAUACCACUUAAAGCAUUGCAACACACCUUCCCUGAAGUUAUUCUAGGUUGUUAUAAGGGAAACAGGAACAUUUGAGCAUUCUAGACCAUAAAACUAUGUUCUAUAGAAACACUGACUCACAGAAUAUAAGGUGGGCUCUUUAAGAUAUAUCACAUGCUCCCCUCCAUGCUACCAUAAUACAUGGCUUUCAGUGCUUUAUGACUGCAACAUUUCUAAUACA